AUGGCUUCCCAAACAACUCCCUCGAAGCAGGCUGCUACCGCCAUUGAGUCCCUCAAGAUGGAAUCUCCCGUCAAGAAGCUCGAUUUCUCUUCCGCCAACAAGGAGAACCUCCCUGCCAAUGCCUCCCUCGAGACCACCAGCACCGACAUCAUCGAUGACAAGAUUAUCACCAUUGCGGCCAAGAAGGACGUCAAGGAUGACACCACCGUCGCCGUCACAAAGCCCGAGCAGAUGGACGAGCCUCUUCUCCAGGAGAAUCCCCAGCGCUUCGUUCUCUUCCCCAUCAAGUACCACGAGAUCUGGCAAAUGUACAAGAAGGCUGAGGCUUCCUUCUGGACCGCGGAAGAGAUUGAUCUGUCCAAAGAUCUUCACGACUGGAACAACCGCCUGAAUGCCGACGAGCAGUACUUCAUCUCUCACAUCCUCGCCUUCUUCGCGGCCUCUGAUGGCAUUGUCAACGAGAACCUGAUCGAGCGCUUCAGCGGGGAGGUCCAGAUCCCUGAGGCUCGCUGCUUCUACGGUUUCCAGAUUAUGAUGGAGAACAUCCACUCCGAGACCUACUCUCUGCUCAUCGACACCUACAUCAAGGAGCAGGCCCAGCGCACAUACCUCUUCAAUGCUAUUGAGACUAUCCCCUGCAUUCGCAAGAAGGCUGACUGGGCCCUGCACUGGAUUUCUGACAAGCAGUCUACCUUUGCCCAGCGUCUCGUUGCCUUUGCUGCUAUCGAGGGCAUCUUUUUCUCUGGCGCCUUUGCCUCCAUCUUCUGGCUCAAGAAGCGUGGCCUGAUGCCCGGUCUUACCUUUUCCAACGAGCUCAUCUCCCGUGACGAGGGUCUUCACACCGACUUUGCCUGCUUGCUACACUCCCACUUGAACAACCGUGCUAGCAAGGAGAUCAUCAAGACCAUCAUUACUGACGCCGUUGCCAUUGAGAAGGAGUUCCUCACAGAGGCUCUUCCCUGCGCCCUGCUCGGCAUGAACGCUACCUUGAUGCAGCAGUACAUUGAGUUUGUUGCAGACCGUCUUCUGGCCGCUCUCGGAAACGAAAAGGUCUACAAGUCUACCAACCCCUUUGACUUUAUGGAGAACAUCUCCCUCGGCGGCAAGACGAACUUCUUCGAGAAGCGUGUCGGCGAGUACCAAAAGGCCGGCGUCAUGGCGAGCGCCAGCAAAAAGGCCGACGACGGUACUGUCGAGGAAAACCAGGCUGGUGGCGACUUCAGCUUUGAUGACGACUUUUAA